AUGAGAGUAUUGAUAGAACCAAAUGUUGCAUCGGAACUUUCACAUAUCGAAACAUAUACAGAGGAGGAGAGUCAUCUCCUAGGAAAAGUUGUUGAUUUUGUCGUCACUCUAGGUGGAGACGGUACUCUUUUGCAUGUAUCUUCACUGUUCAAAGAGGAUGUACCACCAAUCAUAUCAUUCCAUUUGGGUACUCUUGGUUUCUUAAUGCCAUUCAAUGUUGAAGAUUAUCAAGAAGCAUUGGACAAUGUUAUAAAAGGUGAUUUCCUAUGCACCAAUAGAAUGAGAUUGAUGUGUGAUAUCUAUCAUAAGCAACAACUUGGAACGAAUACACCAUCGAGGAGUUUCCAGGUAUUGAAUGAAGUGACGAUACAUCGUGGUUCGAAUCCACACUCCACUGUGAUCAAUUGCACGAUCAACGGUCAUAUGCUCACCGAUAUCAUUGGUGACGGUCUGAUCGUCGCCACUGCCACCGGUUCCACAGCCUACUCGUUGUCGUGCGGUGGUCCAAUGGUACACCCCUGUAUAAAUUGUAUAUUAAUAACACCGAUUGCACCAAGCUCACUAUCAUCGAAACCAGCAUUGCUACCAGAUGAUUCUGUAUUAAAGUUAAAUAUUUCACAAAAAGGUAAAUCAUUUACAACUACAUUAGAUGGUACUCGGUCGAUCAAGAUGGAACAGGGAGAGCAUAUCAUCAUCAAAAAGUCAUACUAUCCAUUGUUGACCAUUAACAAAACCAAUGAGACAACCGAUUGGGUACAUGGCAAUGGCAAACUAAUUGAAAUGAGUGAGAAAUCAAGCAUUUGGAAUCAGAGCGUACAUACUACAUCAGCAAAUUAA